AUGCCCGAAACCUACCAGGCACAUACGACUUGGAAAUCCCUAAUACAGACAUCUGAACACACUACGGGCUUAAACACUGUACAGCUGGAUUUGAGGUCCUGGGACAGGGCUAGUACCCAGGAACCGAAUGAGUGCGGCGGCUUCGACUACUUCCAUGAGAACGACUAUUUCGCAGACUGUUCUAGUAGCCCACCUCUUGCAACUCUGUCAGUGCGCUCUAGCAUGUACUCACUCCUACUUGAUCGAGGUGCUGAGCUCGAUUCUCGUGGCCAAGAUGGACAGACUCCACUCUCAUGGGCCGCAAGAAACGGACAUGAGUCUAUUGUCCAACUCCUACUUGAUCGAGGUGCUGUAUCGGCAUCCGAUGAUGGGACAGUGCGGCUCUGGGACCCGGCCUCAGGGCAGCACCUGCAGACGCUAGAGGGCCACAGCGAUCCUGUGAGGGCGGUGGCCUUCUCGCCGGACGGGAGGAUGCUCGCAUCGGUAUCCGAUGAUGGGACAGUGCGGCUCUGGGACCCGGCCUCGGGGUGGCACCUGCAGACGCUGAAGGGCCACGGCGAUCCUGUGAGGGCGGUGGCCUUCUCGCCGGACGGGAGGAUACUCGCAUCGGCAUCCGAUGAUGGGACAGUGCGGCUCUGGGACUCGGCCUCGAGGCAGCACCUACGGAUACUAGAGGGCUACGGCGAUUCUAUAAGGGCGGUAGCCUUCUCGCCGGACGGGAGAAUGCUCGUAUCGGCAUCCGAUGAUGGGAUAGUGCGGCUCUGGGACCCGGCCUCGGGGUGGCACCUGCAGACGCUGAAGGGCCACGGCGAUCCUGUGAGGGCGGUGGCCUUCUCGCCGGACGGGAGGAUACUCGCAUCGGCAUCCGAUGAUGGGACAGUGCGGCUCUGGGACUCGGCCUUGGGGCGGCACCUACAGACGCUAGAGGGCUACGGCGAUCCUAUAAGGGCGGUGGCCUUCUUGCCGGACGGGAGGAUGCUUAUAUCAGCAUCCGAUGAUGGGAUAGUGCGGCUCUGGGACCCGGCCUCAGGGCAGCACCUGCAGACGCUAGAGGGCCACGGCGAUUCUGUGAGGCCGGUAGCCUUCUCGCCGGACGGGAGGAUGCUCGCAUUAGUAUCCGAUGAUGGGACAGUGCAGCUCUGGGACUCGGCCUCAGGGCGGCAUCUACAGACGCUAGAGGGCCACGGCGAUUCUAUAAGGGCGGUAGCUUUCUCGCCGGACGGGAGGAUACUCGCAUUGGUAUCCGAUGAUAGGACAACACUAGAGAGCUACGGUAAUCCUGUGAGGGCAGUGGCCUUCUUACUAGACAGGAGGAUGCUCGCAUCGGCAUCCGAUGAUAGAAUAGUGCGGCUCUGGGACCCGGCCUCGGGGCGGUAUCUGCAGACGCUGGAGGGCCACGGCGAUCCUGUGAGGGCGGUGGCCUUCUCGCCGGACGGGAGGUACAUAAAGACCAAGACCAAUAAAGACAUCCUUAUUGUUGAUUCCACCGGCCCAGACAUUGGGAAUGACCUAAAUCAUCUAUACGAUACAAUAUAUUAUAUAUUCUCAAUUGAGAAUAUAUAG